AGAGAGAGAGCUCUUCUGUUCUGCCAGCGAGUCACAGUAAACAUGUUCUGGUUUCUAAAUUAGGAAACUAAUGAUUAUAGAGGAAGAGUUGAGCCCAAAGCUAUUUUCGUCAUUCCAACUAUCCAAUCCCUGUGCAUCCCAUUCCUAUACUGUAUGGCUUGUCUACGUUAUUUAUAUACACAUACGUACAUAUAACAUAGAUGUAAAAUGUGUUCAAAAAAAAAAAAAAACAUAGAUAUAAUUAUCGAGUAUGUUCUUUAUAGGGAAAUUAUGCCAAGUAGCUAAGAAAAAAAAAAUUAAAAAUCUAACCAAAAUCCUCCUCAAAAAUCUAACCAAAAUCCUCCUCUCUCUCUCUCCUGCUUUCUCUUCCUAUCUCUCUCUCCCAAAUCUAAUUUUUUUUUUUGGUUAUUUAGCGAAAAAACUAUUCUUUAUAUAGAGCACUUCAAUUCAGGAGUUCUUAUUAACUUUCUCAAAGAGUAAUAAAAUAUAAAAUACUAAUAAAAUAUUAUUGGAUAUCUCAAAUUUUUAGAAAUUCAGUUCUAUAGUUCUUAAAUAAGAAGUAACAUAGAAAGUGCUCUUAGUAACAUGCCUAAGCUUAACUAAUUGAUAAAUGUUUUGAUUAUUCUUUUUGAGGCUUUCCGCUUACGUCAACUCUAAACAGAGAGACUAAAACGUAUGGCAUACAAUUGCAUGUUACAAUGGGAUGGUUCAUCUGACAUCAGCGUCUUUAUUAUGUGAUCAUUCAGUGAUUACCAUAUUAAAGAGAACCUCGUGGAUUACCAUUGAUUAACUAGGACCCAAUAUGUUUUAUCUUUUGUUUGUCAUCUUUAAAGUCAACUCAUAUUUCAGUUAGCUUCCUAUAUGAGUCAUUUUUUGUACAUUAAUCAUUCACAUAUUACAAUUUAUGUUUGUCUGAAGUGUCAUUUAUAACAGUAUAAUUGUUUUUUUUUGUUGGAAUAAAUCACUACGCGGAUAUUUUGUUCGUUUGUUUAUUAAAGAGAACAGGAUAGUUUUGUGAACUUGAUAUGUCAUCCGUUCAUUAUUUAGUCCUACUGAUUUGUAUUCAUAUGAUUAGGUUUUGUAUUUUUUCCUUUUGUCAACAUUCUUAAAUUUGUAACACUUACAAGACAUAGCAUAUCAUUUAAUUAACUCAAGUUUUCUACCUUGGAAUCAAAACAUUGUCGAAUAAAUGUGAUAACAUAUCAAACCUUUGGGAUAGUAUAAAAGUAUCAAAUAGAUGAUAUGAAACACAACUACUCAAUUAGACAGCUUUACUAUUAGUAUAUUUUUAUCAUAUUUUAAUUAUCGUUGGUAUACCGCAAACAAAUGCUUAUUGAAUUAUGCUUGGAGAAGCAUUAACAAAUACACAUUAGAAAACCAGAAAACAAAACUGUAUUUGUUGUCAACAACCUAACUGUUAAUUGCCACAGGUCCAGAACGUCAUAUGUGGGCUAGGCCCAUUUCAUAUUUGUUACGGCCCAAUAUAAAUUGACCAAAUAAUAGUUGAAACUAGACACUUCCAGACUUCCAGUUCUUGUCUUCUAGUGUAACUAGUUCAACUCCUGUUUCUAGGUUCCAAACUCUCUCCACCGAUCAAGAGUUUCCUUUCCUCUCUAUCGCCAAUUAUGGCUUCCUCGUGGAGAAAGUACGAGACCCGAAAGCGAGACCCAAACCCUCAAAACGUCGCUCUUCUCGUCAUCGAUUUACAAAACCACUUCUCCUCCAUGGCCAAGCCUAUCCUCCACAACGCUCUCACCACCAUCGACCUCUGCCGACGCGCCUCCAUCCCCAUAUUCUUCACGCGCCACGUCCACAAAUCCCUUGCUACUGACACCACCAUGCUCGGCGAGUGGUGGAACGGCGACCUGAUCAUCGACGGGACCCCCGACUCCGAACUCAUCCCGGAGAUCAAACGUCAGGUUAACGGACCAGACGAGGUCGUGGAGAAGAACACGUACAGCGCGUUUCACAACACGUGUCUUCAGGAGAAGCUGGUGGAGAUUGGUGUGGAGGAGGUGAUCGUGAUCGGAGUGAUGACGAAUCUGUGCUGUGAGACGACGGCUCGUGAGGCCUUUGUCAGGGGUUAUAGGGUUUUCUUCUCGACGGACGCGACUGCUACGGUUAAUGAGGAGCUUCACGAUGCAACUCUCAUGAAUCUAACUUAUGGCUUCGCUUAUCUCGUCGACUGUGAUAGGCUCCGGCGUGGGCUUUUACGUAAUUAAACAACAAUAGUACACUUUAUACUCUUUCUUGUUACUUUCUUAUAUAUUGUCUUCUAGAUAUGUUGUACUUGUAUCAAAGUUACUUUGUUAGUUAUUGUCCUCUUGAUAUGUUGUACUUGUAUCAAAGUACUCUUAUGUUUUUUUUGUGAAAGCAAAAGUACUCUUCAAUCACAUAAAUGUUUUUUUU